UUGAGUCGCAGCAACAUAAACAUGAUAUCAUUCAAAUUCAAUUUCUUUGACAAGUCUGAAGAAAAUCAGGAAAAUGCAAUCAAAAUACACCAAAUGGAUUCUAACAGUACUCGCCCUGUCCCUCUUCAAUUAAGUCUCGGGGAUGGAUGGGAAAGAUCUGCAAUUCUACCGAAGCGUAAUUUUACGUAUGGUGACGAUAAAGUAAUCUGUAUACUGAGGGAGGAUCAAGUUGAAGAAUGUGUCAAAAACUUUGCUCCCGAAAUAGCAGAGAACAUGGAAGUCAUUAAAGCUCUAUCCUCAAAUAUUGAUGUAAUUUCUGGCGUAGUGGAAGGGGGAUUUACAGUUUGGGACGGGACUCGUCAUCUCUUAAACUAUUUAGUCAAAGAGAACAUGAACUUCAAAGAUAAACGCAUCCUUGAUUUGGGUUGUGGAGCGGGCUUGAUGGGUAUUCAUGCACUAAUAAAUGGAGCAAAAUUUGUUCUUUUCCAGGAAUUUAAUCAAUGUGUGGUAAAAGCUUGGACAAUAAACAACGUCAAGAUUCAAUCGUCUAUUCAGCAUAACCAGAUGGACUUCUGGUCAGGUGACUGGGAAGAUCUUGCAAAUAUCUGGUCUUCCCAAGAGAGGCAAUUCGACAUAAUUCUCACCGCAGAGACUAUAUAUCGACCAGAACUCUAUCCCAAGCUUCUCAAGGUGUUUGAAAGCGUUUCUGCACCAGACUGUCAGAUCUACGUUGCAGGAAAACUAACUUACUGUGGAAAUGGUGGAACUUUCGAGGGUUUCUCUGAAUUCGUUAACAACGAGGGAGGUUUUUCUUGUAAAAAGGUUCAAAUUGAAAGCGGAAAUACGUGUUAUGGUUGUUUGAUGAUGACAAGAACUCGAGAAAAGUAA